CAUAAGUAUAUAUGGAUAUAAGAUAUACAUAUAUAUAGCGAUUAAAUGUAGAAGCUCGUCACGAUUUCUUUAUUAAAAUUUUAUUUGCACUUUGUUCGUGUUCGUGUUUGUGUUAAGAUCAUCUACAAAAAUGUCUGUCACAGUCAAAGGAGUUUUCGUCGUGGGUGCGAAACGCACACCAUUUGGAAAAAUGGGAGGAAUGUUCGUGAACAAAAGUGCAACUGAUCUGUCGGUUGUUGCUUCAAAAGCGGCUAUUGAAGCUGCUGGAGUUCAGCCCGAAAAAAUCGACAGCGUUGUUUUUGGCCAUGUAUUGAUGAAUUCUUCAGCCGAUGGAGCCUUUUUACCUCGUCAUGUACUUUUGAAAUGUGGAAUUCCCCUAGAUAGACCAGCUCUGGGAGUUAACCGACUCUGUGGAUCUGGAUUUCAAUCUAUAGUUAGCGGACUUCAGAGUAUUUUGGUGGGAGAAUCCAAGAUAGUUUUAGCAGGAGGAACGGAUAACAUGAGUCAAACUCCUUUUGUUGUGAGGAAUGUUAGAUUCGGUACAGCUUUAGGCCAAAAGUACGAAUUUGAAGAUGCUCUUUGGCUAGGGCUUAUCGAUUCCUAUUGUAGUUUACCUAUGGGAGUCACAGCAGAAAAACUUGGUGCAAAAUACGGAGUAACGAGGGAUGAAGUAGAUCAAUUUUCUCUCAGAAGUCAGCAGCUCUGGAAAGCAGCAAAUGAGGCCGGACGAUUCAAAGCCGAGAUGGCUCCAGCAACUGUGAAAACAAGAAAGGGGGAAAUUACUGUAGAAGUAGACGAGCAUCCUCGUCCACAGACUAAAAUUGAAGAUGUUAAAAAACUGAAAUCUAUCUUCCAAAAAGACGGCUUAGUCACUGCUGGUUCAGCUUCUGGAGUUUGUGAUGGAGCUGGAGCAGUAAUUCUCGCCAGCGAGGAAGCUGUGAAAUCCGAAGGACUUACGCCCUUGGCUCGUAUUGUAGGAUAUUCUGUGGUUGGUGUGGAACCAAGCAUUAUGGGAAUUGGACCAGCUCCUGCGAUUAAAAAUUUGUUGAAAAUCACUGGAAAGUCUUUGAACGACAUCGAGCUCAUAGAAAUCAAUGAAGCUUUCGGUGCCCAAACCUUGGCCUGUGCGAAAGAUUUGCAGUUGGACAUGAACAAAUUGAACGUGGAUGGUGGUGCAAUUGCCCUUGGACAUCCUCUCGCUGCUUCAGGAUCAAGAAUCACAGCACACAUUGUUCACGAGCUCAGGAGGAGGAAAGCUAAGUUUGGUAUUGGAUCAGCUUGCAUUGGAGGAGGUCAAGGAAUUGCAGUUAUGGUUGAGGCUCUUUAAAGAUUGAAUUAAAGUUCCUCUAAAGGGACCACCUUUCAGCAGCUUCAAAAAAUCUCAAGACUUACUAUAAUAAAAGUAUGAGCUUUUACUGAAAUUUUCUGAAGUCGGAUGAGAUUUGAAGCAAUCGUGGUUUUUCUCAUAAUUUAGAUUAAAUGCGUAAAUACUGCAUUUUUUGUCUAAAGUUUUAUUAAUUCGAAAGUACAUUUAUUCUGUAAUAUUACUCUUGUAAAGAGAUUAAUAAAAUAGCCGCUGUUAAAUCUAUUUUACAACUAUAAAAAUGUAUAAAUAUUUUUGUAUGUUUCUAUAUUCUAAAUACACUUUAAAGAAUAUUCGAAACUGA